CGUACCCUACCGGCCUCUCGGAAGCGCGACUGGGCAACUUGCCUGCCGCACGUAACCUUCUGUUAUAAUACCACCCCGCAUCAAGCGACAGGAGAAUCGCCACACUUCCUUAUGUUCGGCCAAGAGCCACAGCUACCCGUAGACUUCCUCCUGGGCCGAGUUCGGCCACCGGUCCAUGGUCGAGUGUGCGACUGGAUACAGGAGCAUCAGGCCCGGCUUCAAGUGGCAUUUGAUGGGGCUCGGGAGCGGUUGGCCGCAGCGGCGGAAUAUCGCAAGGACAGACACGAUGCACGGGUGAAGACUGCUGUUUUAGAAGUAGGGCAACGGGUAUAUGUACGCAACCUCGGCGUGCGAGGUCGAAAUAAAAUCCAAGAUGUGUGGAACUCCCAGGUACACAUGGUGGUGCGUACCCCUUCGGAGACCGGAGCCGUGUACACGAUCACCCCCGUCAACGAUCCAACGAAGCUGAAGCACGUUCACCGCAGCAUGCUGAAAGGAGUGGUGGGCCCCCUGGCCCCCGACACCCCCCCGGGGUCGGGCCGACCAGGCGAACCUACCCCUGUCGACUCAGGGGAGCUAUCGAGCGAAGAAGAUAUCCUUCUUGGGGAGCAGGUGGGCGAUGCUGGCUUGGGUGUCCCAGCAGAGCCCCAUGCACCCCAGGGUGGCACCUCAGGAGGAAACGAAGGGCAGCGUCGGACUUCGCAGGCUUCCCCCGGCAGUUCGGCCGCUCAGCCACCCGGUCGUGGCACUAGCAGCAGCGAGGUGCCCCCACGCCGGACUUUCCGGUCUAACGCGGGACAACACUCUAAUCCCCAUCGGCUGCCUGGUGGGGCGACUUCAAACUCUUGAUGGAAUUUUGGAUCUGGGAGUGGGGGGGAAAGCGUACCUGCAUCGUCGGGCCGACGAUUCAACAUGUGGGGGGUAGAUUGUAGUGGAGCGCUGCUCCUUUAAGGGAAAGUCUGACGCUGCGGCACACGUCACCACGCCGCUCGUAGAGGCUUAUGGGAAGUCUCUUCAUAAACACUGCCAGUGGCUAGUAUUCGGUAAGCCUGCAAAGUCCCCCUUUGCGCGUUUCAUCGCCACCGGCGAAUGCUGUGGUUGCUUCUCCCCUCGCCGUCGAGAGGAGUGCGGUGUCCAGUUCGAUCCAGGAGAUGUGGACCAUUUCUUGUCCUCGUGAGUAUGUGGACCAUUUCUUGUCGCUGUUCAUGUGCUAGCCAGCAGCUAGUGGCUAACUUCGCGUCUGCUGUUCUAUAGGUUGUGAUUCCAACUUGGCGUCUCUUACUUGGCUAGAGUGAUCUCUUGCUUCUCCACUGGCAAGGACUUCGGUGGACAAUACCAACGGUUACCUUGCGCAUUUCCCGUCUCCUGCACGCCGCGUGUGGUCGCUACCGGCGCCUCGGCCGUGUACCUCUGUAUUGGCACUCCGACUGUGAGAAUCGCGCAUCGGUGCACCCUCAUCUCCGGGUAAGGUAACCUCUCGGCAGCAGAAUCGUGUCAUAGUGGGUGUCCUGCUAGCUUGGCUAACGCUCUCCUCCUCCCUCGCAGGUUGUAUCCGUGUGGCCGUGGUCAGACACACCACGCGUUUAGGUGCACGAGCGGCGACUUUUAGCCCCGGUUGUGUGGUGCCUCUGGAAGCCGGGAACCCGUAUCUCGGCUGCUGCUCCGGCCUCGGGAAAUUGGACAUUCGUGCGUGUGUGUGCGUGUGGGCGCUCGGCUCGGUGUGAGCUGGUGUGUGAGCCAUUCCACAGUGUGUGUGUGCGUGUGCGUACGUUGGUGCGUGUGUGUGUGUGUUUGUGACGAGUGAGUGUGGGAAUACCUAGGGGACUGCACUGAGCUGAGCCUCUGGGGUUGGUUUACCUCAUGUUUUGAUUUUCGUUUUCUUUCGUUUGCUGUGCCUAAUUUCCUUUUUUUUCAUUAUUUCAUUCAAUUAUCUAAUUUCUUAUUUAACUGCAUGUAUUUACUGGAUUUUGAUUUAUUUUGCAUGGUUUGCUGAUUUCUUGUUGUUUCUGUUUGCCGUGAAUUAUUUCUGUUUGUUGUGAACUAUUUCUUUACUUUUUCUUUUGUUAAUCCUGAGGUGUGCCAUUCGCCCUAUUGUGUUAGCCGUGCCAGCCCCUAGUGGCAAAGUAUGACAACCUGAGUGUGGGUUCUAAGGCCCUAGGCCUACCAGGUGUGUUGUCUAUUGUGAAUUAGUGAACAUACUUUGGGGCAGGUGUUUACAGAUCCGCGGGUGUGGUGGCAGCACGCCCACCCCCGCACUUUACUGUUAACGUGAACAUACUUUGGGGCAGGUGUUUAUAGAUCCGCGGGUGAUUGCGACAGCACACCCACCCCACUGCACUUUGUGAAUUGUGAGUACCUUUUUAUAUUUAUUGCAAAGAGUGAGAAAAAUAUAUUUUUAUAACGCACAGAAUAAUAAAGAUUUGAAUUAUUAAUUGUCACCACUGUCUCUGCCUCCAUUGUGCACGAACCUGUGUUUGCCUGGUAAUCUAUUGUGCGGGUACAUUGUGUGUUGGUCCGGGGUAUCUGUAACUACCCCUAAUUAAUUUCCUCCGGGGGCUCCACCCCCGGGGGUGGCGUAGUCGAACUACUUCCUGUAACGGUC